AUGUCAAGGAAGAGAACAGCAGCGGAAGUAUUCCCAGAAGAGGAAACGCCGGAAAAGAUUGUGGACGACAAUGCAGAAACAGUGACUGAGUAUCACAAGAAUUCACAAGAAAGCGAGGAAAGCAAAGAACAUACUGAAGAGAGUUCGAGUGAUGAAUCUGAAGAGAGUGAAAAGGAAGAGAAACAAGAAGAGAAAGCGGAAUUAAAAGAAGAAGAAAAACCUGUGGAAAAUGAAGAGAAAAAAGAAGACGCGAAGGCUAAGGUGUCUGAAAAGAAAAAAGGAGAAACGCCAAAAACGUCUUCAUUUUUAACUGAAAGAAAGUUCUCGGCUUUGAAACUGUCGGACGAAGUUCAAGACGCACUCGACGAAGCGGGCUUCACUUUUAUGACAACAAUUCAAGAAAGAACAGCUCCUCUCUUGUUGACUGGAAGAGAUGUGUUAGCUAAGGCUCGAACGGGCUCUGGCAAAACCCUUGCGUAUUUAGUUCCAGUUUUGGACUUAUUAAAUAAGAUUAAGUUUACAUCAAGAAAUGGCACUGGUGCUAUUAUCAUAUCACCAACACGAGAGUUGGCUCUUCAGAUAUACGAAGUGUUAGAAAAAUUGAUGCAGAACUCGGAGAGGUCGAAAGCCUUAUUGAUUGGAGGAAACCCUAAGAAAAAAGACGAGGAGGUCUUAGAGAAUGGUGCUUGUGUAGUUGUGGCGACACCGGGAAGAUUGUUGGACCACUUAUCUAACACAAGAUGUUUUCUUUUCAAGAACUUGAAGUGUUUAGUUAUUGACGAGGCAGACAGAAUUUUGGAGGCAGGGUUUGAAGAUGAGAUGCGACAAAUUCUGAACAGACUUCCAAAGAAUAGACAAACGAUGCUCUUUUCAGCAACACAAACAGACAAAGUAGAAGAUAUGGCUAAUUUGUCGUUGAAAGACCCAGUCUUUGUGAAUGUAGAAGAAAGUUCGACCACUGCGACUUCAAGUAAACUGCAACAAGGGUAUGUUCUAGUUGAAAGUAAAGACCGAUUCAGACUUCUUUAUACAUUUUUGAGGAAGUAUAAAGGGAAGAAGAUGAUUGUUUUCAUGUCCUCGUGCAAUGCAGUGAAGUUCUAUUCGAAUUUAUUGAAUUACAUUGACACCCCCGUCCUUUCUCUACAUGGACAGUUGAAACAAGACAAACGAACAAAAGUCUUUGAGAAGUUCUGUAAGACCAAAAACUGCAUUUUGUUGACAACAGACGUUGCAGCUAGAGGAUUGGAUAUCCCAGAAGUCGAUUGGAUUAUUCAAAUGGAUUUGCCAGAUGGACCAACGGAGUAUAUACAUCGAGUGGGAAGAACAGCAAGAGCAGAUACCGAAGGAAAGGCUGUCAUGUUUCUGCAACCGACUGAAAUUGCGAUGUUAAAGUAUAUGAAAGAGAAGCAAAUACCUUUGACACAAUAUGAAGUGCCUGAAAAGAAGAUCGCAAACGUCCAACAAGAGCUUGAAAAGCUUGUUGCGAAGAAUGUCUUUUUACACCAAGACGCUAAAGAAGCUUACAAAUCAUAUUUGAUGGCGUACAAUAGUCAUAAACAGAAAGACGUCUUCAACUUGAAUCAAAUCGACGUGGAAGGCCUUGCGAAGUCAUUUGGUAUGCCUAACCCACCUAAGGUCCAGCUCGCAAUGAUGAAGUCACCAAAGAGCAAAGACCGUUUCGAGCCGAGGAGGAAAUACUGA